AGAGGCUGCCGGAGCCGCGCCGGGAGCAGCCACAGCAGUAAGCUUGCAGGUUAAGAGUGGUGGCCCCCCAAACCCCCCCUGGAAGAGUGGCCAUGUGGUUGGGUGCCCUCCUGGACACGCUGCCCACCCCGGCAUUGACCAUCGACCGCACCACAGCGCAUCGCAAUGCCGAGCGCAUGCGGGAGCGCUGCCGGGCCCUGGGCGUCCGCCUGCGACCCCACGUCAAGACCCACAAGACUCUGGAGGGCGGUUUGUUGGCCACCGGCGGCACGCGCCGCGGCAUCGCCGUCUCCACGUUGGCCGAAGCGCGGUUCUUUGCGGAUGGAGGCUUUGAUGACAUCCUGUUGGCCUACCCCGUGCCCACUGCGCGGCUGGAGGAGUGUGCGGGGCUGGCACGGCGCCUCGACGCCUUCCACGUGCUGCUGGACCGCCCCGAGGCUCUGGCCAGCCUGCGGCAGCGGCCGCUUGGCCAUGGCAAGCGUUGGCUCGUCUGGCUGAAGCUCGACUGCGGCAACGGCAGAGCCGGCGUGCGCCCGACGGACCCUGCUGCCCUGGAGCUGGCCCAGGCCAUCGCCAACGAUGCACCCGAGGAGGUGACAUUGGUUGGGGUCUACGCACACUGUGGGAACACCUAUGGCUGCAGCGGGGCAGACACCAUCCAGGCCAUCGCCAGGACCACCACCAACGCUGUCCUCAGCUUUGUGGCUGCGCUGAGGCAGGCCGGUGUGCCCUGUCCCCAAGCCAGCAUCGGCUCCACUCCAUCCUGCAGCCACCCCAUCCCUGAGAUGUCCCAGCUCACCGAGCUGCACCCGGGCAACUACAUCUUCUACGACCUGCAGCAAACACAGCUGGGCUCCUGCCAGCCCCAGGACGUGGCCAUCCGCGUCCUCACGCGGGUUAUCGGGCACUACGCGCACCGAGGGCAGCUGCUGGUGGACUGCGGUUGGGCAGCACUCAGCCUGCACGGGGCAGGAGCAGGACAGGGCCCCCAGGGCUGCGCUGCCAUCGACGGGCACCCCGAGCUGCGGUUGGUGGGGCUGACGCAGGAGCACGGGCUGCUGGAGCACGCUGGUGGGCAGAUGGAUUUCGGGAGGUUCCCCGUGGGCAGCGUGCUGGCGCUCAUCCCAUACCACGCGUGCGCCACGGCGGCCAUGCACCCUGUGUACUACGUGCAUGAGGAAGGGAAGGUGGUGGCCCUAUGGCACCCCGUGCGUGGCUGGUAGGGCCCCCCAUCCCGCUGCCCAUAAUGAGGUCCUGCGCCCAAGAUGAGGUCCUGUACCCAUAACGAGGUCCUGCGCCCACAAUGUCCCGCAACUACACCGAGGUCUUGCAACCCUGCUGAGAUCCUCACGGCCAACACGAGGUCCUGCAACCACGCUGAGGCCCUGCAGCCAUGCCGACAUCCUAUGGGCAUCACGAGGUCGUGAAGCCAUGAUGUGACCCUACACCCGUGAUAAGACCCUAUACCCAUGCUGAGAUCCUACGCCUACGUCACGAUGCUGAAACCACACUGAGCUCCUACAACCCUGAUCAUGUCCCGCAUCCGUGCUGAGAUCCUUCACCCAUCCUGAAGUCCUACACCCACACCAGGAUCAUGGAAUCAUAGAAUGGUUGGGGUUGGAAGGGACCCAAAGCAUCGUGAAGCUCCAACCUCCCCACCCCACACAGGGCCAUAAACCUCCAUAUUCAAUACCAACCCAGGCUGCCCAGGGCUCCAUCCAACCUGGCCUUGAACACCCCCAGGGAUGGGGCAUCCACAGCCUCACUGGGCAGCUGUUCCUGCACCCACGUUGAGACCCUACACCCACACUGAGAUCCCACACCCGUAACACUGUCCUGCAUCCAUGCUGAGAUCCUAUCCUCAUCCUAAGGUCCCACGCCCAAGAUUCCGUACUCACAGAGAUCCCACACCCACGCUGAGAUCCUACACUCACGCUGAGAUCCUGUAUGUGUGCUGAGAUUCUGCGCCCACUUCCUCACCAGGGCUCAAUAAAGUCGCUUUUCCCA